UGUUUUAUUUUUUCAUCUAUGUCAACAUCAGUAUAGCAGUAAAUAUAUACCAUACAUUAUCAUAUAUAAUAUGUAGGCAUACAUGGGCAUUCACAGCAUAAAACAAUAGGAGAGGACCCAACUACAUUUCUGGAUCCCCUUUCCUAUAAACAUUUUUUACUUUACAUGCUCCAGUGUAAAUAAAUAAAUCAUAGGUACUUCAAGGAUAAUUACAUUAUUACUUUCAUGAAAAAAUGUAUAAAUAUAACUGUUUUCAUAUUUAACCUCUUUCAGGGUUCCCACAUGGCACAUAGAGCCUCUUCCCGAAAUUUCGUGUCGCAAUUUCUCAAAUUCGCAUGAUAAAAAAGUUUUAAAUGAGGGAAAUCAGGGACUGAACACACUUUCAGGAAUCAGUUUUCAGUAAACCCUCAACAUGGAUUCCAAGAAUUCAAAGAAAUUGGUGUCCAGGGCACAAAAUUUGUGCCAUUCAAUUAUUAAACAGAGUAUUAGGUUAAACGAGUGUGAGUUAAAAAUUGUUCAAAAUGAGAGGCGUAAGUUCAUUAGUGAUUACACAAACAAACAAGUAGUUUGUAGUUUUCGAGCAAAUGUACUGUAUGUAUGCUCCGAAUAAUUCCAGAGAUUGUUUUUAGAUUUUUAAUUCUUAGAACUAAAGAUAAUACACUUAUCCCUUUUAAACUGGCGAACUAACCUUCCGUCUAUUUUUUGACUUACUCUCUGUUAGCCAAACCACAGCCGUCUUUACAACUUGUAAGGCCAACUCGUAAAGUCGGCCGUGACCUAGCAAUCUUACAUAUCAGUAUUGCUGAUUCCUUGCCAGGGCCCACAUUUUGUUGUUUCGGUGAAAUUCGUGUUAACCGCAUACGGUUUCCAAUAUCUAUUUCACUAAUGCAAUUAAUUAAUCAUCAGAAAAAUACAGCUCACCCUUUUUUAUGUGUUCUGGUUGAAGUAGAUUAAUAUCUUCAAUUUUACUAAACACCUACAUUUUCUGACCAAACCUCACUUUUAAUUACUAAUAAAACUGUAGAUGGGCAAUCAGUUCCGUAUGUGUAGUGCAUGUCAUAUCCGGCUGGAACCAGAGUUCUGGAGCCGACCGUCAGUUUGUAGUGUUUCCUUCUGCAUGUCCUCAACGGAGUACUACUCCAACCGGUGCAUCGUGCAAGCCAUGGUGGAAACAUGGCAUUUCCACCAUGGUACAAGCUUCAAGUUUUCGUCUGUUCUCCGACAUGUGUUGCAGUGUAGUGCAUAUAAAUGUGUGUGUAUGGAUUAUGUAGAGAGGACGGAAAGAUCGCGAACAGUGGUUUAAGAAAAUUACAUUAGGUUGCGGGAUGGAUGUAUAGUGAGUCACGUGACCUUCGAGAAGCACGGUGGCUACAAGCGCGCCAUUUCGGUAAAUUUUGCUUGUUCUUGCGUUGGUCGAAGCCGGUCGCGACGGGUGCUCUGUGUGGAGUAGUGUCGCCGUAGAAAACACGUGGUCGUGUAACGGUUUUGUGCAUAAAGCAUUUUUCUUGCUUCGUUUGUUCAACUCUUUAUAAUUCACCAUGGUUGAAGAAUAUUUUUGGGGAUUGACUUUGGAGGGUGGCGAAUCUGCUUCUACCGGUUCUUGGGAUCCAGAAUCAGAUGCCGCAGAAGGAAGCAAAUUUGAUAUUCAGUCAGACCAGACUUUAGUAGUAAGACAGGCCGUCUUAGGUGCCAAGGCAAAACCUGAUGAGCUGAACAUCGUGGAAGUCUCUGUAAUGGGAUUUAACAAAAAUAUGAAAAUACCUGUGAUUCGAUUGAAAAUUGGUGAGCAGACACAAUGUAGAUUGGAUCUCACAUUCCCUGACCCACCAGUUACAUUUACUUUAGUGGAAGGCAGCGGACCUGUUCACAUUUGUGGGAAUAUUGGAGUUGCCAGUGGCCCCCUCAAUGAGUUGGAAGAGGAAGAAGAUGAAGUAGAUGAUGAUCUUGAUGAGGAGGAAGAUGAAAAUGCUGAGGAAUCUGAAGAUGACUUGCAAAAUAAGGCUGGUGAAAAGAAGAGGAAGGUGGCUGCAAACGCAAAUGGGAAGAAUAAAAAAAUAAAACUGGAAGAAAUUAAUGAUAAUGAGGGUGAUGAGGAGGAUGAAAUCAAGAAGAAGAAAUUGGCUGCUGGCAAAAAAGAUAAAUUGAAGAAACAAAAGUAAAAGGUGUUACACAUAGAUUCAUGGUUGAAUGGUCGCAAUGUCAGAGGUAAAGGUUUUACCCAAUGUACAUAUAUUUGAAUACACUGCCAGAAUAUUUUUGGUACUAGACUGUGGCAUCUGUUACAGUACAACUAGCCUGUAACAUUUUGUCAUUUUCAUCAAUAUAGUUUGAACAAUUUUUUGUUUUAUAUUCUGUGAUGUAUUCAUUUUCUCAUGAACUUGGAAAGACUGCUUGUGUUCCUGUAGUUGAUGGCCUGUUUACAGACUCAGUGUGUGAUGUAACAUGUUUAAAUUUGUCAGUCCUGUGUCUAGAAAUGAUUUUAAUGUUAAUGUAUUGGUGUGAACGAAUGAAUGAGUGCAUUCAUCUACGUAAUGAUGGAAAGUAGUUUGUAUUUUGUUUAGUUGGAAGAUGUUAAAAAUUCAUUAAACUCUUGUAGUUUUUGUAAUGUGAAGUUAAUAUAUGUUAAUAUUUCAUAAACUUCCUUUCUGUCUUUUUUUAUUUCUCACUGGUUUUGUUGAAUCUCGUGUGGCUGUAGACUGAACAAAUUGAGAUACGAAUUUAUCAGUCUUAAAAUGUGUGAUUGUUUUUGAGGUGGAGGAUUUUUAUUCCAUUUCAAUAUGACCCAUACAAACUAGACCAAAUUAAAAUUAGUGUGAAAGGAAUAGCUUACAUUAGGAGUGUAUUUAUUCAAUUAUAUUACUAAUCAAAUAUUUCAUGAAGUUAUAGUAAUGUAGAACCAAAGUUGAGUGACUUAUUGAAUUUGGUUUUGAUUUGUGUAAUGUUCAAACUAGAGCAGGUUAAACUGAAAUUUCACUUAUGAAUUUUUUUAUUCUUACAUGCUCAACAGUUUAGUGACAACCUCAAAUUAAUAUAUUUGGAUGAAGUCCUACAUUGUGUUGCUGUUGACUGUGCAAUAUGCAAGGUUUCCUAUUGUACUGAAAGUUUCUAAAUGAUUCAUUGGAGAGAUAAAUUUCAUUCUAAUUCAGUUCUUUGUGUUGUGAAAACAUUGAAGGUAUAAUUUAUUCUAAAGUACUAAACACUUUGUAUUUAAUGAAAAAUUACUGGAAAUUAGGACUGAUAAAGAAUGUAUUGUGUAUGUAAUGAGCAUAUUUGAAUAAAUUUUGCUAAUUUCCCAUUAAUUGGUAGAGAAAUGAAUUUUCUUUGGAAUUUGUGUUGAAAUCGCUACAAACGAAAUGACUAAAACCUAAGUUGCUCUGGAGGAAAAAGUUUAGUGGACUUU